UAUUGUGUACGUUGAAGCGAUACGCGAAUUGGUGACGUCACGAGUAUCGGCGGAAUCUGCGCCAGUGAUAGACUAUCAUUGCCGAAACUAAUCUAAUCGACAGUUAUCACGCGCGCGCGCCGACCGACAGACCUGUUCACAUUAUAGACUCAAGCAUGGGCGACGUGAAGCAGUACUCGCUGGCGGAGGUGCGCUCGCGCCGCGGCACCAACGGACAGCCGCUCUGGAUCGUCUACAAGGACGCCGUCUAUGAUCUCACCAACUACCUCGACGAGCACCCCGGCGGCGCAGACACGAUCCUGGAGGAGGCGGGACAGGACGCCACCAGCGCCUUCGACGACAUCGGACACUCCUCAGACGCCAGGGUCGUGCUGCAGAAGUACAAGAUCGGAGAAAUCAUUGAGGAGGAGAAACGCUUCGACGCGAAUGGCAAGAAGAAGAAGAAGGUGGUGGCAGUGAAGCCAGACGACAAGCCCACCAGCAGGAGCUGUCUCGGCGUCAUCACGUGCGGCCUGCUCGGCUGACCGCCGCGUACUGACCAGCUUUACUCACAGCACUCUAGCAUCAUGGAACACGACGCCUCUUUGUCUAGCCCACACGACAUCAACAGAACAUACUUAGAACCAUGUUUCAUUUCGCGCGUCUCAAUUAUUCCUGAUAGGUACUUGGCACUGGUAAGCUACUUUUCAAUUCAAAUCGAGGUGUAGCAAUCCAUGCCUGUAUCAAUUCCACCCAAAUUGUAAAUUAAAUAUUAAACGCAGAAACAUGCUACCGGGCACAUAUUCCAGUUUGGAGAAAUACGCCCAAACUUCGAUGCAGGCUAAGUCUGUUUAAAGGCCAAGUUUCUAAAUGUGUUCAAUUAAUUUAAGUUUGAGUCGCUUUCCGAGACUUUCUGGCAAUUUAUAAGUUUUGUAUGAAAUAAGUACGUUUCGCCAUUUAUACAAUCAAAUGAACAUUGCUCGAGACAACUAUUGAAAUGUAGAUAAUAAUUACAGUUUUUUGAUGAGGAAACUUGUAAUCUAAUGAGGAACUUACACGAUUUAUUUUUAAUACUUAGGCUUAAGAUUAAAUUGUUUUAUAAAUAUAUUUAUAAAUAAAAACAUA